AUGCAAACAAGAAAUUGGAGUGACAGACUGGGUGACCGUAUUGCUAAACUUUUCGAGGACGAAUACCUCAAGUUAAGCUCUGCAUGUAAGCCAGUAAUACGCUCGAAUGGAUCAAAAGAAUGGACUGUUCUAAGUGGCAUAGUUGCCAUAGACCACUUAUCUGUUGACAAAAAACUAAGAUUGGUCAGCAUUGGCACCGGAGUAAAAGCACUGCCAGAUGCCACUCUUGAAAGGAGCCAUGGAAGGAUGGUUCAUGAUUGCCAUGCCGAGAUUUUAGCUCUGAGAGGGUUUAAUACCGUUCUACUAGAGCAUAUGAAUUACAUGGUUACCGAGCAAUGUGGGGAAACAGACCUCAUUGAGAGAACUACGGCGGGAGUUUGCAUUCUGAAGAGUAAGUGGAAGCUGGCUUUGUACAUCAGUACGCUUCCGUGUGGUGAUGCUAGCAUGAAGGACCUACAAACAUACAAUAACACAGAUACCAAUCGAAAACAGGAGCUUACAUUUGAAGAGAAUACUGAGAUUCAAUGGAUUGAUCAGAAAAUUAGGUCCAUUUUGCGAGGGCGAUUCAAUUAUGACCGGCUUGGAGUAGUCAGGACCAAGCCCGGAAGAUACGACUCACAGAUCACAUUUUCCAAGUCGUGCUCCGACAAAUUGUGUAUUAAGCAGGUAACAUCAAUCCUUAACAGCCUCACAUGGAGCUUGAUGGCACAGCCCGUCUUUUUAGACUACCUAGUCAUUCCAAAUCUGGCAGUUGAUAGAUGCCAAGGUGUACACCACAGUUUUCAAGAUAGACUUGGUAGACUCCCGCAAAAGAGUUUGGAGCUUUUAGAGUGCAACGUUCCCUUUUUCGACAACAAAUCUAGCAAGAGUGAAGAACCCUCGUCAAUGUCGAGUGUCAAGUUAUUUCUGGACCUACCAGAAAGAAAGUGCACGGAACAAGCGAUUCUGAACGGAUUAAAGAAUGGUUUUUACACCAAAGGUAAUAAGCCGCUGAGGAAAAACUGUGAGUCGGCCGUGAGUAGGCUUGCUCAGUGGAAAAUUUACGUUAACAUAAGGCCAGAUGCCAAGCAACAAACCUAUUUGGAAUUUAAAGCAGGUUUGAGUGAGAGAAAUAGAAUAAUUCAAGAAGUAAAAAAAGUACUCUCGCCUGACGGCUGGAUCAGUACGAGAAACGACGACUGUCACAUACUCUGCGAUACGGCUGUAUGA